UGCGCCCUCUUGCAGCAAUAGACGAUCUUCGGCCAUGAGGGGUCACUCGGACCUUUCAGCUAGUUGCUGCAAUCUAAAGUCUAACGACCAACGUUAGCACCUCGCCAGACGAACGGAACAACAUGUUUGGCGACAUAACACGGGACGACGUAGUGGGGAAAGCUGUGAAACAAUUGAGGGGAAAUAAGAACUCUUCUAGGACACCGCUUUCUCCUCCAAGACUUGAUACCUUCUUAAGCAGCCUAAAAGCUUACAUUUCAUCCCCAGAGAAACGGCUUCUGGCUGUGGUCUGCAUCAACUAAUGUCCUCAAUGUCAUUGACACAGCCUCUGUCUUGUUUUAAACUCUUGAGUGUGGUUGUUAGUUAGAGAGGGAACCACUUUACCUCAGGAAAAAAAAAAACUAUGUGCCUGCCUGUCUGAGCCUCUUGUGAAGGCUUAUAACCAUACCAAGAGCUGAGAGGGUCCUGCUAACUUGCAGCACAGGUGCUAGGCUCAACUGCUGUCACUGCUUCUGUGGCAGCAGAUAUGUUUACUGAUUUAUCAAGAACUUGUAGUCGAUCUAUAGUGACCAAGAGAAAAUUAACAACUCCAUUCGGCUGGAGCUGACAUCUCAGAAGUCAUUCCUACAGAAGAACCUCUCACUGAGAAGGGAGCUACUAGGAGAACCAAGAGGUCUUUUAGGGAACAGAUCCUUCCUCCAACUCAGGCUUUGGUAUUGUCUCGACUGUUAAUUCCUAUCCUGCCUAUCAAUCUCCACCUAAGAUAUCUGCCCCUCAUCUCAGCCCUUCAGAAAUAGCCACAGCUUCGUUGGACGGUGAGAUGCCCACCAACCAGUCCUCCCCCUGGGGUGGGGAGACGCUUCGGGCUUGCGCCAAUGCAGGUAGCCCCACCACUACAGCCUCUGUCAGUACACAUGCCAAGACUGUUGCGGCCACUAAAGUGCCUUUUAGUCAGACUUCCCUAGAGCUAUCCAGGAGAAAGGAUCAAGCCAAACCUCUCUCCUCAAAUGUUGCCUCUUCUGCUUCCCGCUUGAGGCAGACAUCAGUGGCUCCAUGUGUGGUUUCUGACUGGGAGAAUGGGGACGGGAAUAAAUCCAACACCCAGAGCCAAUUCACCACUGUGCCAGAUGUGUUUCCAAAUCUACUUAAUGGGAUUCAAAACCCAAACCAGGGACUGGCAACAGGAUUGAUGAAGGCUAGUGGCAGCCUCACAGAGACCAGUGCCCCUUCCUCCUUCACCAAGAAGGAAUGCCAGAUUGAGUUUCAUUUCCAGGUGACGGGUGCCAUGCAGCAAUAUAUGUCGCUCCAAACCUCUCAGCCUGAUGAUGGUUUAGCAAUGAGCGGGCGACAGGCUGCCACAGGGGAUGCAUCGUUGGGAUUAGACCCUCUUAUGUCAGAUUGUCAGAAAGACCAGUUCAUCAAAGGACGGCCCACUCUGCAGCAAACUAACACGUUGAAGCUUGAAGCUGCAGACUCUUCCUCCUUGCUGUCAGUGCCUCCUCUAUGCCUUACUCUUUGUGAACAUCAGGGGGCAGCAUUAGGAAAGAAUGCCUCCAGCCAUGACAGCACAAAAGUAGAAAUAAGAAGCACAACAAGAGAAACAACAACACCUGCAAGGAGAAGCCAUUCAGCUAAACCAGCAACAAAAGGCAGUGAAACACAAAAUAGUUGCUCUAUAAAAACAGUUUUAAACAAUCAGUUACUAGUAAGAGGUGGUCCUCAAGCAGUAGUGGCAACAACUAACAACAGCAAGCCCCAAACGAUAGCAUCACUAGACCUAAACAAGCAGGCCCCACAAAGUCGGUGUCCACCUGGAAGCACUUUGUCCACAUGCAGAAGAAUCAGUCCUCCAGCAGCCAGUCCCUUUCCAAAUGGCCCCAUGCCAACUAUCCUCAGUGCCAGUGUCAGUGCCACUCAGGACAAGAAGCCCACACCGCUGGAUGCCAUCACAGAUGUGGCCUCCUGUCCUGCAGGAGCCUUGAUGGGCUCCAUGACCACUCAGAUCUCCGCAAUCCACCUCACCAGGCAGGGACAGCCUGCCUCCAAGUCAUCUUCAUCUCCAUUCCCUUCCUCCCCCUCACUUAUGGAGGAGUGUCAGGUUGGAGAGACUCAGCUUUCAGGCCAGGAGUGUGUUAUGCAGGUGGAUGGAGUUGAGGAGGAGCUGCCUGAUGAGCUGGAAAAUGCCUGCAGUGACGAUGAUGAUUCAGAUUGUUCGUCCAUCAAUGGCACCUCAUCCACAGCAUCCUUUGGUCUUCUUUCUGGUGUUGAGGAGGCGAUGUCGUUGGGUGCCGAAGAUGAUCGAGAGGAGAGGCCAGCUUUGGUUCCCAGUUUGUUCCCCUUCAUUCCUCCAACACUCUACUUCAGCACCGCCAGUGAGAAAGUGGAACUGCUGCCUGCAGAACAAAGACGACUGUUAAAAUGGAAGAUGAGCAACGUCACUCCAAAUAUUGUCAAACACACUGUCGGCAGGUCCCACUUCAAAGUCACCAAGAAAAGCCAUGACUGGUUGGGCUGCUGGGGACACCACAUGAAGUCUCUUGGUUUCAAGGCCCUUGGAGAGCAUCAGAAGUUGAACCACUUCCCGGGAACAUUUCAGAUUGGCCGAAAGGACCGGCUGUGGAGGAACCUGUCCAAGAUGCAGGUUCGCUUUGGCAAACAAGAGUUCAGCUUUUUCCCCCGCACCUUCAUCCUUCCUCAGGACAUCAAGCUGCUCCGCAAGGCCUGGGAGGACGCUGGUUCCAGACAGAAAUGGAUCGUCAAACCUCCUGCGUCAGCCAGAGGAAUAGGUAUCCAGGUCAUUCACAAAUGGAGCCAGAUGCCCCGCAAGAGACCGCUACUGGUCCAGAAGUACCUUCACAAGCCCUACCUCAUCAGCGGUAAUAAGUUUGACCUGCGGAUUUACGUUUAUGUGACAUCCUACGACCCGCUGAAAAUUUACAUCUUCUCUGAUGGACUGGUUCGAUUCGCCAGCUGCAAGUAUUCGUCUUCCAUGAAGACUCUGGGUAACAAGUUCAUGCACCUGACCAACUACAGUGUCAACAAGAAGAACUCCGAAUACCAAACAAACAGCGAUGACAAGGCCUGCCAGGGACACAAAUGGGCUUUGAAGGCCUUGUGGCAGUAUCUUGGUUCUAAGGGAGUCAACACCACUCUGAUCUGGGAGAAGAUUAAAGACAUUGUGAUCAAAACCAUCAUUGCGUCAGAACCGUACGUCAACAGUCUGCUGAAGAUGCACCUUCGGACACCUUACAGCUGCCAUGAGCUGUUUGGAUUUGACAUUAUGCUGGAUGAGAAACUCAAACCCUGGAUCCUGGAGGUCAACAUAUCACCAAGCCUCCAUUCCAACACAGCGCUGGAUGUUUCCAUUAAAGGUCAGAUGAUCAGAGACCUCCUGAACCUGGCUGGCUUUCGUAUACCUCAGAGAGAAGAUGUGGUCGCCCCCUGCAGUAGCUCCUCCAGCUCUACCAGCAGCCUGUGUGGCGGGAACAGGGAGAGAACCAAACCAGAUCUGUCUGCUGAUGAGAGGGUGAAACGGGCCUUUUACCUCACACAGCGAUAUGCAGACCAGGACCUCCUCUCUUCAGUGUUGGAUGUCUUAACUCCAGAGGACGUUCACGUGCUAGCAGAGAGUGAAGACGAGCUGAAUCGUCUCGGAGAGUUUGAGCGAGUUUUCCCAUCCCCGUCAUCAUCUCGCUACCUCCGCUUUUUCGAGUGUCCAAGAUACCUCAACAUCCUGCUGGACCAGUGGGAGCAGAGGUACUGGAACAACAGGGCAAAAGGUAUCAGUCUGCUGAGGACUCUCUGUCAGAAAGGAGUUCAUCUGGGGACUGAUGACCCUGCUCACAUGUGGUCCAAGUGUAGCUACAUCUCAAGGUUUGAACCCCACAGACAAGACCUUGUCAGCCCAUCCAGAUCCAGGGUAGUGGUCAGCCUUCAGCACCAUUCCCAUCACGAUAACCAUGACGACGCUUCAGACAGGGAUGAUGCUUCGGUCUUCAGCCUGCCCGUGUCGCCAAGUCCUGGAUCAAGUGUCGCCAGCAGUGCCUGUGCAAGCCCUCAGCCCAGCCCGGCCCAGAGCCUGCCGCUUCAACAGUUUGCUCCACUCUGAGACUUGGUUUGCUAACACUGUGUUCAGACACAAAGCUCAUGGUCUAGGACUUAGCCCUUACCUCCUUUAACAUCCUUCUAUUGACCUCUCAUGUCUAGUAGUUCUGAAAUCCUGGAUGAGAAAUGUAUUUAGAACCACUGUAUAAGUUUGAAGCUCUUAACACUGUACAGGGGAGAGGAUUUUGGUCUUUAACAGAAUUGUAGUUGGUAGUCAGUUCAUGGCGACUCAUCCUUUCUAGUCUUGAGGUAACCUCCAGUGUUUUUAUGUUUUCGCCAAUUUACUACAAAUCAAUAAUAUGCCUAUUGUCCAACUUGAGGUCAAAUUGUAUUCUGAGCUUCUGAGCAGCCAGUGAUUUCCACUGAUUUCUUUUGAAAAUUGUCCUGCAGAGACAUGCUGAGGAUGCAUAAUCCAUCACAGUGAGCUUUAUGUCUAUUCAGUUUUUAAAAAAUGUGUGUUGUUAUAUGGCACUGCAUGACAUUCAGCUCAAUAAGAUUAUAAGUACAUUGACUGAAUGGAGAACUGUACACAGAAGCUCUAGCAAAACAAAAUGCAGUGGUCCAGCCAAAAAGCUGUUCUUUGCUUAAUGCAGAGUCAUCUGCCAAGGCGAUGCAUUAGCCAAUCAAGCACAGGCUAGCUACACGCCUGGUAGAUACUGUGUUAUUCUGCGUUUUACCCCGUGAUUGUUCUGACUGAGGAUUAAAUAAUGUUCUGCGAGUUUUCUCGUAGUAUUAUACUUGACAGUGCAGUGUUUGGCUUUGGAUAAGUAUUUAAACUAAUGCGUGUAUUACUAAACAAGACGGUACUUCAUCUUCUCACUGGCACCUGAAGUCAACACAGCCCCUGUGGUGGUGAAUGCCCGCUAAGAACAAGAUGUUCAGGUCCCAUCUUGCUACACAUGUUGGUCCUCACUGGCCUUUUGUACCAAACUUAAACUGUGAAUGAGACAUACUGGACUUCCUCACAACCAUUAAAGUAUUGUUUUCAUAGGGUGUUGUGAAUUUUACGCACUCAGAAUAGCGAAGAAAAGUCAAUACUACCUUACAGAGCACAGUGGCCCAGAGUUGUGAUGAUAAAUAACGACACAAUACCGUGAUUUCUCUGUCUUUAUUCUAAGACUGUUGUUGGUAUGGUGUUAAGAGGAUUGUUGAACAACUGAUCCCACAAGUGUAAGAUUCCUAGUCUUAUAGCCCCUUUGUGUGAGUGUUCAUGUGGAAAAGAGGUGAGGAAAAAAGGGCUCUUGGUAGACAAAGGAAGGGAGGGAAUGGGGAGUAGCGGCAGAAAAAGACUAUUAUGAUCUGACCACACUUUGUGUGGUGUGUUGAGAUCGCUGCAACUUAUUUAAAAUGUCUAUAAAGUGUUAGUACUUGAUUUUGAUUUUCACUGGUUGAUGGUGUUGCUGGUGUGUUUCACAAAACCUCAUUUUGAUUAAUGAUUUGCAGGAUGUUAGCGAUUCUUGAAGAUUACUCAGUCUGACAGGCGGGUUGGUAGACAAAAAAAGGUUUAUUACUACAAACUACUACCUUUUUAUAAUUUCCACUGUCAUAUUGAUGUCACUUCAUAACAGCAGGCUAAUUUGACUUUUAAAAAGGGCUUUCAUUUCUGUGUGACGAUUUCUUGCACACAAAUUAUAAUAUAUAUUUAUUGAAAGCUGCCAAAUCCAAGUCCAGCACCAGAAUGUAACCUUGCAGAACCAAGUGUGUGUUAACUGAAACGUUUUAAACACGUUUCCUUUUAAAGUUUUAAAAGUACCUCAAACUCAUUAACACUGAGUUGAGCGGUUAGAAACGGAGUGCUGGUUUGGUAUUUUCUUUUGAGGGCAACCAGUUUAAGAUUUCUUAUGUUUCCUCAGGGGAAAGUAUCUUAGGAAGUAUCUUAAUUCAAAAAUAUAUAUCUACUGUGAGGACACUUUCAGAAAAGUAACAUAAAACUACUUGAAGAGCUGGUUAUAGAUGAGAAAAGUGUACCUGUCUUACCUACACUGAUAUUUGAAAUCCUCCAAAGUCAUUAUGACGUCCUGUUUUAUAUUCUGGAGGACAUUAUUUGAAAAGUUAUUCCUGCUCCCAGAAGUUACAAGAAAAAGUGUGGAAGCUAACUUUGUUUUACAGAUGAAUUUAAUUAUGCAAUUUACUAACGGAUGCCAAACUGCUGUGCAGUGUCAGUAUGUAGCGGACAUUUAUAUCUCAAUGCAAGCUUUUAUUAUCACUUAAUUAUUAGACGUGAAAUAGAACAACAAGUAAGAAUAUAAAUGUAGUAAAAUGCUAAUUUUGACAAAGGUCAUUGCAUUUAAACAAAAUGGGAAGUGAUAUGGAGCACAGUGUGGCAUUUGAAGGCUUUUCCCUGGUUUACAGAGCUCUGUCUGAUCUAGACUGAUCAGAUUAACUAAAUGCUCUUCAUGGAGCUUCUCAAAGCACACACUAAGGGCUCAUACACACACACACACACACACACACACACACACACACACACACACACACACACACACACACAGAAGUACUUUUUCUGUAUUCAAUUCUGUAUUCAAUAUUUUUAAGAUUUGAUUAAUUAUUUAGUCUAUAACAUUCUAGUAUAUAAUGUGGAAAUAAAGGCCAUCAGUCUUCCAGAGCUGAAGGAGUUGUCUUCAAACAGUCAAGUUCAAUUAUAGAAAUCCAUAAUGAAAUGAAAACUGAUUCAGAACAUCUUCAGAUAUGAGAAGCUGGUACCAGUGAAUGUUUAGUAUAAAUCACUUCAGCAGUUAGCUGUCUGUAAAACCUUUUUGUUGAUUUUAAUAAACAGGAAAUUAAUCAUAUUAAUUAAUCAAAUAAUAGUUAAGCUCUUGAACGUGAAUCACCUGUCAUGCCAUGACUGGCAAGAGAUUUGGAAAAACUUCUGCAUUCACGCUUACUUUUUAAUUUGCGUCAGUUGUUUCUCCUCCCAUCUCCGCCUCGUCACAAACCUACAGUAUCCUCUUCAGUUCAGCUUUCAUUUGUGUCUGAACUGGGUCUCACACAUUAGUAGCCUAGCAUCUCCCAUGCACCAUAAAGUCGGGAUCAACAGACCAUUACGGGUAGUAUUGUAUAUUUUGCUUAUUCACAAUACGACAAAUUAAAUAUUUUACCUAAAAUGUACAUGUAAACAUACAAAGCCACCAGUGAAGCUUCUCUUCAAUGAGUAGGAGGGGCUCUAUGGGCCCUUGAGGCAUAAAAUCAAUUUUUAUAUAUAUAUAGACAGAUGUAUAAAACUAAAUAACACUGCAUUUGAAGUUUUUAACAUAAGAGAAAUGUUAUAACUAAGUGGAGAUGAUAUUGUUUACUAACAUGUUAAAGGGUUGUAUGAAUUGCUCAGGAUGACAAUUUUAAAAUAAAAGUUAUUUGUGGUACAAGUGU